GGAGUCGGGGAGGGGGUGGAGUCGGUGCCGUGGUGUCUGCUGGGCGCGCGUGGAGCCGGCACUGGGAGUCGCAACGUCGUGCGAGUCAUGGCGGACAGCUGCGAGGAGAAGAAGGCCGCGGUGGCGGACGCCGUGAAGGCGCAGGGCGAGGUGGUGCGGAGGCUCAAGGCGGAGAAGGCGAGCGGCCAGACGAUUUCAGAAGAAGUAAAAAAACUUCUCUCCCUGAAGGAGCAGCUGGGCCUGGAGGAAGGAAAGCACACAUUUGUGCUCAAAACCCCAAAGGGAACGCGGGACUAUGGGCCCCGCCAAAUGGCCAUCCGUGAAGCAGCCUUCAAGGUCAUCGUGGACACCUUCAAACGCCAUGGGGCUGAGACCAUCGACACACCCGUUUUUGAGCUCAAGGAGACCCUUACGGGAAAGUACGGAGAAGACUCGAAGUUGAUUUAUGAUCUCAAGGAUCAGGGAGGGGAACUACUUUCUCUGCGAUACGACCUAACUGUCCCGUUUGCCCGUUACCUGGCCAUGAACAAGGUGACGAACAUCAAGCGCUACCAUGUGGGCAAGGUGUAUCGCCGUGACAACCCGGCCAUGACGCGUGGACGCUACCGCGAGUUCUACCAGUGUGAUUUUGAUAUUGCUGGACAAUACGACCCUAUGAUUCCGGAUGCCGAAUGCCUGAAGAUCGUCCAUGAAAUCCUGACAGAGCUCAAUAUUGGUGACUUCAUUAUCAAGGUGAAUGAUCGGCGCAUCCUGGACGGGAUGUUCGAGGCGUGUGGCGUGCCCUCUGAGAAGUUCCGCACCAUCUGCUCGUCCGUCGACAAGCUGGACAAGACCCCGUGGAGUGACGUGCGAGCCGAGAUGGUCGGGGAGAAGGGGCUCGACCCGGAGGUGGCCGAUCGCAUUGGGCAGUACGUCCAGAAGCACGGUGGCCAGGCCCUGGUGGAGGAGCUGCUGCAGGACUCCGUGUUGGGCCCCAAUGCCGCCUGCAAGGCCGGCUUGACUGACAUGCGCCUGCUGCUGGGCUUCCUGCAGAUCAUGGGCAUCACGCAGCAGGUGAGAUUUGACCUGAGCCUGGCGCGAGGACUUGACUAUUACACGGGCGUGAUCUACGAGGCCGUGCUGCUGAGCGGAGGUGACCCCCAGACCGGGGAGGAAGGGGGCGAGGGGGGCGUGGGCAGUGUGGCCGGGGGGGGGCGCUACGACGGCCUUGUGGGGAUGUUUGACCCCCGGGGGCGGCGCGUGCCCUGCGUGGGCGUCUCCCUCGGAAUCGAGCGCAUCUUCUCCAUCCUCGAGGCGAAGCAAACAGAUGUGCGCACGACCGAGACGCAGGUGCUGGUGGCGUCGGCACAGAAGGAUUUGCUGGAGGAACGGCUCAAGCUCAUCACGGAGCUGUGGGGUGCCGGCAUCAAGGCGGAGAUGUCCUACAAGCGGAACCCCAAGCUGCUGUCUCAGCUGCAGGUCUGCGAGGAGAUGAAAAUCCCCUUCGUCUGCAUCGUCGGCCAUGCCGAGUUGGAGGCUGGGGUCGUGAAACUCCGCACUGUGCUCACCCGCAAUGAGGAUUCCAUUCCACGGGACCAACUGAUUGAGGAAAUUCGAAAACGCACAUGGUGUUCACCAUCGCCACAAUAAUCUUCACCACCACCAUCUAAACUACCAUCAUCAUCAUUACAAUCACCAUCAUCACCCCCACUAUUAACUUCGCAACCACCAUCAUUGCCAUCACCUUCACCAUUGCUACCAUCUUCUGUAACGUGCUUGUGGUGGCCAUGUAAGAUGUUUCUGUGUCCUGCCAUGUGCAGCGAUGAGGGGUGACGAGAAAUAAAAAGGCAGCCUAACCCGAA